AUGUGCUCUGGGUUCAGUACAUACACUAGCCACGUUUCUGUGUAUCACAAGUGAAUACACGCCUAUUUAUUUGUUAGACUUAUUUUAAAGACAUCCUUGAUGAUGGCGACAUUACUCUUAUGUCAUCAAUGGUCCACGUCUGCCAGUAUGCGGUGCCUGUCGACAACAGCUGCCCGUCUGCGCACGGUGACCAAACCUUCUGGGGUGGACAGUGGCCGUAAACCUUGGCGCCAAGGACUAGCCGGAGUCUGUCGUAAGUAACGUGGCUUCAGAAGAUGUUCUGUGCUAUGAAUUAACCGCUCGCCAUUCAAUGAAUUAGCCAAAUAAUAGAGAGUUAAUAAAAGAUAAGAAUUUACUAAAUCGGCGAAAGCGGACAAUUCGCGCCAUGACGUCAUUGACAGGUUUAUUUAACUUAAUACGUUUAGGUUUCAGGUUAGGUUAAAGGAUAGGUUUAGUGAUAGGUUUAUUAAUAGGUUUAGUGAUAAAUUUAGUGAUAGGUUUAGUGAUAGGUUUAGUGAUAAAUUUAGUGAUAGGUUUAGUGAUAGGUUUAGUGAUAGGUUUAGUGAUAGGUUUAGUGAUAUGUUUUAGAUAAAGGUUUAUUUUAUGACGUUUAUUGUUGUAAUGUUUAUUGACUGAACUCUGUGACGUAACUCUGUUACAUGACCGGAAAUAAUAAGUUGUUUUCAGGAACGCUUAAACUUAAGAGUGUGAAUAUUGGCUGGAGAGUCGGAGUGAGCCGUCAUGUCAAGUGGGGUAUAAAAAGAAUGUAGAAAAGUGUACACAUUUGAGUUGAUAUUUUUAUUUAUACAAUUACACCGACCCCUAAUAUGGGUAUUCUUGAAAACAAAUAGCCAAAACAGAAGACACAUUAAAAAAAACAACUAAAACAACAUUCAUUUUUUUCGAGUGGAUGAGAGUAUAGUAAACAUACUUUUUAUGUGCCUCGGUCCAUCUAUAAUAAGUAUUCAAGAAUCUUUGAUGUAAAUUUGAAUGACAUUAUUUUAUAGAAGCACGGAUGUUUGACGCUGAUGUCUUGGCGGGCUUUAAGUUAAGGAGCUGGGUACACAGCAGAUGCCCGGACGAGAGACUGCUGAGAGGUAUCUGGAGCCAUGGUGGAAGCAAUGUCUGGAAAUACCUGAGCCAGGACCUUGGACCUCUUACCUACAACUACCGCAGUCUGCAUCUGACUCCUGCCUACACCUGUAACAUCCCAGUCGUGUUACCUGUGAGUUCCUGUCACUCGCCGUUCCACUUACUAGUAGAAUAACAGCUGUGUAAUCUGUCACAAUGAGUAGCAUAGCAGCUCUGUAUUCUGUCACGAGUUACAUAACAGUUCUGUAUUCUGUCACAACUAGUUACGUAACAGCUCUGUAAUCCAUCACAGUGAGUAGCAUAAUAGCACUGUAUUCUGUCACAACCAGUUAUAUAAGAGCUCUGUAACAUGCCACAUCUUGUAACAUAACAGCUCUGUAAUCUGUCAGUACUUGCAACAUAGCAGCUCUGUAUUCUGUUCCAACCAGUUAUAUAACAGCUGUGUAGCAUGCCACAACUUGUAACAUAACAGAUCUGUAAUCUGUCAGUACUUGCAACAUAGCAGUUCUGUAUUCUGUCCCAACUAGUUAUAUAACAGCUCUGUAGCAUGCCACAACUUGUAACAUAACAGAUCUGUAAUCUGUCAGUACUUGUAACAUAGCAGCUCUGUAUUCUGUCCCAACUAGCAACAUAACAGUUCUGUAACCUGUAGACCAGCCAUCUGUUUAGUGUUAAGGUACCAGCACAGUCUUGUCUUAUUUUCUUGAUACUACACAACACAUUGAGCACCAUUUAACUGUACAUACAAUAACACUUAACAAGCCUUCAAUCUUCUCUUUGAAACGUAAAGCUUUUAGUGUACACCCAAUUUUUUCCCACUAACUCAUAAAGUAAACUUACAUCUAAAUUAUAAAUUAAAAAAAAUAUAAGAGACCUUUUGAUUCAGUUGUAGUAGAUCUAAUGUUUGCUUUGUGUCAUGUUGCGUAGGAAAAAUGGGGGAAGGGGGGGGGGGGCGUUACGCAUCAGAUGGGACAUUUUUGUUUGUAUGGAGUUGUGGCCACCACAGCAGUUUUUUUUCUCUUUCCCUGAAAACUGAAAGGGUGGUGGCAAAAUGUGUGGUUCUUACAUCUAAAUUAUAAAUUAAAAAAAAUAUAAGAGACCUUUUGAUUCAGUUGUAGUAGAUCUAAUGUUUGCUUUGUGUCAUGUUGCGUAGGAAAAAUGGGGGAAGGGGGGGGGGCGUUACGCAUCAGAUGGGACAUUUUUGUUUGUAUGGAGUUGUGGCCACCACAGCAGUUUUUUUUCUCUUUCCCUGAAAACUGAAAGGGUGGUGGCAAAAUGUGUGGUUCAUCCUGCGUGGCACUCAUCAUGGCUACGCCCCUGUUUGCACCUAUUAUAUAUAUAUUUUUUUAAAAAUGCGACAAGUUAGCAGACGACAUUCGUAAGACAUCUAUAAGAAAUACAUUGCCAUUAAAGAAAUCCAUGAAUAUUUGUCUACAGGCAUUUAUCCCCGUGGCAGACGAGAAACUGGGGCCGACCCUGAUCACAGAUAUGAGCCAGGAGGACCAGCUCAGGAUAAAGCAUCUGGCGUACGAAGAGAUGAAGCCGUUCCUGUCCAACAACAAAGUCAAGUAUAAAUCUAGACCGACGGCUGAGAUAGCUCGUCAAGGUCAGUCUCGCGCAUGCGCGGCAAGAGCAAAUAAAUUUAAAAAAAAAAAAAAUAAAUAAAUAAAACACACCUGUACCUACAGGUACAGACUUUCCUGAAAUGAUAAUCGGAGGAGAAUUUGUUUUUGAGUUUAUUGGACAGAUAUUAAAUGCGUUGGAAAAUAAUUCGUCCGAUUAGUUGAUCCAGUGUCAUGCGAGGCGGGUCGGUGGAAGCUGCCCCCAGGAGGGUCACCUUCUGUCCAGCUUUGACCCGGACGCAACGUUUCCUUCGCACGGCACUGCGCAUUGUGUCACGUGACACAUUUGAAUUCGUGCAGAGUGAUGUUAUUCAGAUAUGUAUUGUUUUUUUUGUUUUUUUGUGUGGUGGCAUUACUGUUAAUUAAACCCUGUGCUGUCAUCGUUAAAUCUAUUCCCCGCUAUAUUGCUGAAAUACUUUUGUUGUUCUCGUGACAAACUUGCUAGCACGUGGCUCUUCUCAUGAAUAGCUACCACGUUGCUCUUCCCAUGACUAGCUACCACGUUGCUCUUCCCAAUGACUAGCUACCACGUUGCUCUUUCCAAUGACGAGCCACCACGUUGCUCUUCCCAUGACUAGCUACCACUUUGCUCUUCCCAAUGACUAGCUACCACGUGGCUCUUCCCAUGAAUAGCUACCACGUUGCUCUUCCCAAUGACUAGCUACCACGUUGCUCUUCCCAUGAGUAGCUACCACGUGGCUCUUCCCAAUGACUAGCUACCACGCUGCUCUUUCCAAUGACUAGCUACCACGUUGCUCUUCGUAAUGACUAGCUACCACUUUGCUCUUCCCAAUGACUAGCUACCAUGUGGCUCUUCCAAAUGACUAGCUAACACGUUGCUCUUCCAAAUGACUAGCUACCACGUUGCUCUUCCCAAUGACUAGCUACCACGUGGCUCUUCCCAAUGACUAGCUACCACGUUGCUCUUCCCAAUGACUAGCUACCACGUGGCUCUUCCCAAUGACUAGCUACCACGUGGCUCUUCCCAAUGACUAGCUACCACGUUGCUCUUCCCAAUGACUAGCUACCACGUUACUCUUCCCAAUGACUAGCUACCACUUUGGUCUUCCCAAUGACUAGCUACCACGUUGCUCUUACCAAUGACUAGCUACCACGUGGCUCUUCCCAAUGACUAGCUACCACGUGGCUCUUCCAAAUGACUAGCUACCACGUUGCUCUUCCCAAUGACUAGCUACCACGUUGCUCUUCGUAAUGACUAGCUACCACGUGGCUCUUCCCAAUGACUAGCUACCACGUGGCUCUUCCAAAUGACUAGCUAACACGUUGCUCUUCCAAAUGACUAGCUACCACGUUGUUCUUCCCAAUGACUAGCUAUGACCUGGCUUAUCCCAAUGACUAGCUACCACGUUGCUCUUCCCAGUGACUAGCUACCAUGUGGCUCUUCCCAAUGACUAGCUACCACGUUGGUCUUCCCAUUGUACUCGUUGCAUUUCUUAAUUGUUUGUUUAAAACUGUGACAGUGGUACAAAAUUGUGGCUGUGAUAGGUGUACACAAUUUGAGCCGUGACAGGUUUACAAAAUUUAACUGUUACAUAGUGUACAAAUUAUCUGUGAAAGGCCUGCACAGUUUUAGCCGUGACAGGUGUAUAUAACUUCGUGUUUUAUUUGAAUGGGUAAAGAUAAGUCGGUUCAGUUAUAAAUAUCUUGAUCAAUGCCAUGGAGGUGAUGUGAUGGGAAGGGGGGAGCUAGACAGUUCUACAAUGUUGGGACACAUGAGAAGCAGACGUAUGUUGGCCAGAGUUGAUGACGUAUGGAAUCUGUGUCAUACAGUUGGCGUUGCAUAAUAAUUGUAUGAUAGGUCUAGCUAACCUCCUGGUCUGUCCUGCUUAAAGUGAUAGUAUGAUUGUCAAUCUCUACGUAAAGUGAUGGUAUGAUUGUCAAUCUCUACUUAAAGUGAUGGUAUGAUUGUCAAUCUCUACGUAAAGUGAUGGUAUGAUUCUCAAUCUCUACGUAAAGUGAUGGUAUGAUUGUCAAUCUCUACGUAAAGUGAUGGUAUGAUUGUCAAUCUCUCCGUAAAGUGAUGGUAUGAUUGGCAGUCUAUACUUAAAGUGAUGGUAUGAUUGUCAGUCUGUACCUAAAGUGAUGGUAUGAUUGGCAGUCUCUACUUAAAGUGAUGGUAUGAUUGACAGUCCGGUUAAAACCCAGCGGUAAAUGAAAUACAGCUCUCAUCUUGAGGAAACACGAAUAUUACACAACAAGGCUACCAUCUCCAGUCAAAUCUAACACUGGGCAAAGAUGAUUCUAUAUCUAGACAAAUCUAACAUUGGGCCAAGAUGGUACUAUCUCUAGAUAAAGCUAACAUUGGGCCAUUUCUAAAAAAGCUAAAAUUAGGCCAAUAUGGUACCAUCUCUAGACUACGUUCUAUUGGUCCACAAGUCUACCCAAAAAGAUUAUAAUGAAAUUAGAGCAAUUCAUAAUCCCUUUAAAAAGAACAACCAAUAAAAACUUUUGCUGUCAUCAAACCAUGACACCUAGGGGCCUACUGAACACGUGACCUUGGUACCUACUGAACACGUGACCUAGGUGUCUACUGAACACGUGACCUUGGUACCAUGAUGUCUGAACUUAGAUUUUUGUUCACAGUCUAUGGAGGUUCAUCGAUGUUUGGGACAGCACUUGCAUUGCUUGCCAACAUGGACAUUCAAGCUAAGAAAAUUAAUCCCAACUUCAAAGUCCCCCUAGUGUUUAAAUUGGUAAGAAAAACUUGCUCUAUUGGCUUUUUAUGUGCUAAUUUCAGUGGCAAGAUACACAUUUUAUUCAAGUUUUUAAACUGGAAUGGGAUUAUGAUGAGAUACUCUCUAGAGCACAACUUUCCUUAACCAUAGAUUCUGACACCAAUGUGGGUGGCAAACGGGUUUUUGCUGGGGGAAAACAUUCGACUGAAAUAAAUUAGUUGAAAAUAACUUUGAAUCCAUGAAGGCCUACAAAAAUCGCGUUACGUGACGGCUAUGAUAACAGUCUUGGUCAAACUUUAAGACGUCGGUCAAAACUCGGCAGUUUAAAAUAUAACACAGAUCACCAAAUAGUUUAAAUGUUAAACACACCAUCACAAUAGAUAAAAUGCUACACACACCACCACAAUAGAUAAAAUGUUACACACACCACCACAAAAGAUAAAAUGUUACACACACCACCACAAUAGUUUAUAUGUUACACACACCACAACAAUAGAUAAAAUGUUACACAUACCACAAGAAUAGAUAAUAUGUUACACACACCACAAUAAUAGAUAAAAUGUUACACACACCACAACAAUAGAUAAAAUGUUACACACAUCACAAUAAUAGAUAAAAUGUUAAACACACCACCACAAUAGAUAAAAUGUUACACACACCACUACAAUAGAUAAAAUGUUACACACACCACCACAAUAGAUAAAAUGUUACACACACCACUACAAUAGAUAAAACGUUACACACACCAGCACAAGAGAUAACAUGUUACACACAUCAAUACAAAAGAUAAAAUAUUACACACAUCACAACAAUAGAUAAAACAAUACACAUCACAACAAUAAAUAAAAUGUUACACACAUCACAACAAUAGAUAAAAUAUUACACACACCACCACAAUAGAUAAAAUGUUAAAUACACCACCACAAUAGAUAAAAUGUUACACACACCACCACAAUAGAUAAAAUGUUACACACACCACAACAAUAGAUAAAAUGUUACACACACCAGUACAAUUGAUAAAAUGUUACACACACCACCACAAUAGAUAAAAUGUUACACACACCAGCACAAUAGAUAACAUGUUACACACAUAAAUACAAUAGAUAAAAUGUUACACACAUCACAACAAUAGAUAAAAUGUUACACACAUCACAAUAAUAGAUAAAAUGUAACACACAUCACAAUAAUAGAUAAAAUGUUACACACACCACUAUAAUAGAUAAAAUGUAACAUACAUCACAAUAAUAGAUAAAAUGUUACACACACCACCACCAUAGAUAAAAUGUUACACACACCACCACAAUAGAUAAAAUGAUACACGCAUCAAUACAAUAGAUAAAAUCUUACACAUCACAACAUAGAUAAAAUGUUACACACAUCACCACAAUAGAUAAAAUGUUAAACACAUCAAAAUAAUAUAUAAAAUGUUAAACACAUCACAAUAAUAGAUAAAAUGUUACACACUUCACAAUUAUAGAUAAAAUGUUACACACACCACUAUAAUAGAUAAAAUGUUACACACACCACUACAAUAGAUAAAAUGUUACACACACCACCACAAUAGAUAAAAUGUUACACACCACUAUAAUAGAUAAAAUGUAACAUACAUCACAAUAAUAGAUAAAAUGUUACACACACCACCACAAUAGAUAAAGUGUUACACACACCACCACAAUAGAUAAAAUGAUACACACACCAUCACAAUAGAUAAAAUGUUACACACACAACCACAAUACAUAAAAUAUUACACACACCACUACAAUAGAUAAAAUGUUACACACACCAGCACAAUAGAUAACAUGAUACACACAUCAAUACAAUAGAUAAAAUGUUACACACAUCACAACAAUAGAUAACAUGUUACACAUCACAACAAUAGAUACAAUGUUACACACAUCACAAGAAUAGAUAAAAUGUCACACAAAUCACAAUAAUAGAUAAAAUAUUACGCACACAACCACAAUAGAUACAAUAUUACACACACCACCAUAACAGAUAAAAUGUUACACACACCACCACAAUAGAUAAAAUGUUACACACACCACAACAAUAGAUGAAAUGUUACCCACACCACCACAAUAGAUAAAAUGUUACACACAUCACAAUAAUAGAUAAAAUGUUAGACACACCACCACAAUAGAUAAAAUGUUACACACAUCACAAUAAUAGAUAAAAUGUUACACACAGCACAAUAAUAGAUAAAAUGUUACACACAUAACCACAAUAGAUAAAAUGUUACACACGCCACCACAAUAGAUAAAAUGAUACACAAACCACUACAAUAGAUAAAAUGUUACACACACCACCACAAUAGAUAAAAUGUUACUCACACCAGCACAAUAGAUAAAAUGUUACACACACCACUACAAUAGAUAAAAUGUUACUCACACCAGCACAAUACAUAACAUGUUACACACAUCACAACAAUAGAUAAAAUGUUACACAUCACAACAUUUGAUAAAAUGUUAAACACAUCACAAGAAUAGAUACAAUGUUACACACAUCACAAGAAUAGAUAAAAUGUCACACACAUCACAAUAUAGAUAAAAUAUUACGCACAUCACCGCUAGAUAAAAUGUUACACACACCACAACAAUAGAUAAACUGUUAGCCACACCACCACAAUAGAUAAAAUAUUACACACAUCACAAUUAUAGAUAAAAUGUUACACACACCACCACAAUAGAUAAAAUGUUACACACAUCAAAAUAAUAGAUAAAAUGUUACACACAUCACAAUAAUAGAUAAAAUGUUACACACAGCACAAAAAUAGAUAAAAUGUUGUACACAUCACAAGUAUAGAUAAAAUUUUACACACACUGCCAGAAUAGAUAAAAUGUUACACACACCACCACAAUAUUUUAAAUAUCACCACACCACCACAAUAGUUUCCAGAUCUGUACUGCGAUUCAUUCUUAGUCCCCCCCCCUCCCCACCGACAACAUCAUUUUUUUCCCUUGCCUGUGCUAUAGUUCUUAGGCCACAUUCAUCUGUUUGGACACAAGACUCAAGGUAUAUUGCAAACAGACGGUUCGGAUGACAACGUCUUGGUAGGUCUCACAAUGCGAUGGUAGGGCUCACAAAGUCAAGGUAGGUCUCACAAAGUCAAGGAAGGUCUCACAAAAUCAAGGUAGGUCUCACAAAUUCAAGGUAGGUCUUACAAAGGCAAGUAUGUCAAACUUAGCCAAAAAAAGUGUUGUCAGUGAUCAUACAGACCUAACUGUUCCUCUGGACAUUUCCUCAUACCAACCUAACUGUUCCUCUGAACAUGUCCUCAUACCAACCUAACUGUUGCUCUGAACAUGUUCUCAUACCAACCCAACUGUCCCUCUGAACAUGUCCUCAUACCAACCUAACCGUCCCUCUGAACAUGUCCUCAUACCAACCUAACCGUCCCUCUGAACAUGUCCUCAUAUUAACAUAACUGUCACUCUGAACAUGUCCUCAUACCAACCUAACUGUCCCUCUGAACAUGUCCUCAUAACAACCCAACUGUUCCUCUGAAUAUGUUUGGUCAAGUUGAGUUCACCUUAGUUCCUCAUACUGUUAUGGCCAUGUUUGUUUUUGAUUUGAAAUCCCGUAGUCUCUCUCUCUCCCUCCCUCCCUCCCCUCUCUCUCUCUCUCUCUCUCUCUCUCUCUCUCUCUCUCUCUCUCUCUCUCUUUUUUUAUCCCUCUUUCUCUCUCUCUUGUUUUAUGGUCUUGUUACGUUUGUUUAGAAAGCCCAUAUUCUCUCUCUCUUCCCCCCUGUUCCUCUGUAUAUGUUUGUUCAAGUUGAGUUCACCUUAGUUCCUCACACUGUUAUGUCCAUGUUUGUUUUUGUUUUGAAAUCCCGUAGUCUCUCUCUCUCCCUCCCUCCCUCCCCUCUCUCUCUCUCUCUCUCUCUCUCUCUCUCUCUCUCUCUCUCUCUCUCUCUUUGUUAAUCCCUCUUUGUCAAUCUCUUGUGUUAUGGUCAUGUUACGUUUGAUUAGAAAGCCCAUAUUCUCUCUCUCUGCGUCAAGCUCUUGAAGAAAGAGAUUGAAGAGAAGUUCAAUGUCGACAGUAUGUUUCGUAUCUCUGGGAACUACUCAGUGCACGAUGUUUCGUCAACCUUCAAACACUUUCUAAAAGAGCUGCCAGUGCCACUGAUAACAACGGAGAAGAUUGAGUUAUUUCCAGAGAUGUUCUGUGAGUACUUGCGUAGCAACAAUAAGAUGUGUGACAGUCAGAAGAGUGAUUCGAUAGAUUGCCUUGCUGAAGAUGUGAGAGUCAGAAGAGCGAUUCGAUAUAUUGCCUUGCUGAAGAUGUGAGAGUCAGAAGAGUGAUUCGAUAGAUUGCUUUGCUGAAGAUGUGAGAGUCAGAAGAGUGAUUCGAUAGAUUGCCUUGCUGAAGAUGUGAGAGUCAGAAGAGUGAUUCGAUAGAUUGCCUUGCUGAAGAUGUGAGAGUCAGAAGAGCGAUUCGAUAGAUUGCCUUGCUGAAGAUGUGAGAGUCAGAAGAGUGAUUCGAUAGAUUGCCUUGCUGAAGAUGUGAGAGUCAGAAGAGUGAUUCGAUAGAUUGCCUUGCUGAAGAUGUGAGAGUCAGAAGAGUGAUUCGAUAGAUUGCCUUGCUGAAGAUGUGAGAGUCAGAAGAGUGAUUCGAUAGAUUGCCUUGCUGAAGAUGUGAGAGUCAGAAGAGUGAUUCGAUAGAUUGCCUUCCUGAAGGGUAUCAGAGUCUAAUAAAGAAAAUCUGAUACAAACUAUUGGCGGGUAUUUGCGAUAUGCAUACUUGUGACUUGGGUGCUUGUGACUUGGGUGCUUGUGACUUGGGUGCUUGUGACUUGGGUGCUUGUGACUUGGGUGCUUGUGACUUGGGUGCUUGUGAUAUGAGUACUGGUAGAAAAAAGCGUGUACUUGCUUUUGAUGUGUGUACUUUAUAAGGAGCCAGCCUCUCCAUUUAUUUCGUAUCCAGUCCAACCUUUAGGACUACGUCAUGUGAACGUCGUUCAUUAAAGCUGUUAGCAUCUGUACAAGUCUCUGUAUCGUUAAAAGAAAUUAGCUUUGAACUUUCUAGUCAACCAAUGAAGAUGACUGUGUUGCCAGUCCUUGGUACUUUCUAGUCAACCAAUGAAGAUGACUGCGUUGCCAGUCCUUGGUACUUUCUAGUCAACCAAUGAAGAUGACUGCGUUGCCAGUCCUUGUUAUUUUCUAGUCAACCAAUGAAGAUGAAUGCGUUGCCAGUCCUUGGUACUUUCUAGUCAACCAAUGAAGAUGACUGCGUUGCCAGUCCUUGGUAUUUUCUAGUCAACCAAUGAAGAUGAAUGCGUUGCCAGUCCUUGGUACUUUCUAGUCAACCAAUGAAGAUGACUGCGUUGCCAGUCCUUGGUACUUUCUAGGCAACCAAUGAAGAUGACUGCGUUGCCAGUCCUUGGUAUUUUCUAGUCAACCAAUGAAGUUGACUGCGUUGAGAGUCCUUGGUACUUUCUAGUCAACCAAUGAAGAUGAAUGCGUUGCCAGUCCUUGGUACUUUCUAGUCAACCAAUGAAGAUGACUGCGUUGCCAGUCCUUCGUACUUUCUAGUCAACCAAUGAAGAUGACUGUGUUGCCAGUCCUGGGUUUAACAUUGAAAGCUCUUUCUGUAUGCACCACAGUGACAUUUGAUUUUUUUCGUUAUAAAUUGAUGUGCUUUUUUAAAAAAAAAUUAUUUUUACAUUUGACCUUCUCAGCCCUUGAUUUUCUGGAGAAACAGAUGAUUGGAAUGAAUCUGUAUAUAUUGAUGAUGAAUCCAGAACAUAGGGAUUCAUUGGAGGUAGGCAAGAAUGUUUAAACUUGCAAUGUAGAAUGAAGCGAAAGAAUGAACUCACUGCCCAACUAGGCUCUGGAGAUUCCUUUACAACAAAUCUGCUUACUUCAUGCAGUGCAAUGGAGCAGUCAUACAAGGCGUUAACUUAUGGGACGCCCUGAGUAUCACCACCCCAAAGUACAACCAUAAAGGUGGCUAGGGCACCCGUAUUGUUACCGCCCCAAACCACCCUUCGCGUCACCGCCCUAAAGCACAACAAAAAAGGUUGCUAGGGACCAUUAGUGUCACCGACUAAAAAGCACCCUUCGCGUCACCGCCCCAAAGCACCCUUAUUGUCACCAUCCCAAAGCACAACAAUAAAGUUGGCUAGGGCACCCUUAGUGUCACAGCCCCAAAGCACCACCCCAAAGCACCCCCCAAAGCACCCCCCAAAGCACCGCAAUAAGGGUGUCUAGGGCACCCUUAGUGUCACCGCCCCAAAGCAUCCCCCCCUUAAGGGUGGCUAGUGAAGCAAAAACCGAUGCAAGGAUUUACAAAGUUGUUUAAAAUAUUUUAAAGGAUUUUGAGUGAAGUGUUUGAAUUGUGUGCCACCUCAACCUUAUCCAUUUCAAUACACUAAGAUAAAUACGGGCACUCUGUAAGAGCUAUAACAGAUUCAUUUUCCCCAUUCACAUGUGUGGCUAAUUCAUUUCCCUAUUCACCUGUGCGGCUAAUUCACCUGUGCGGCUAAUUCACCUGUGCGGCUAAUUCAUCUCCCUAUUCACAUGUGUGGCUAAUUCAUCUCCCUAUUCACCUGUGUGGCUAAUUCACCUGUAUACCUAAUUCGCCUGUGUGGCUAAUUCUUCUCCCUCAAUUCAUGUGUGUGGCUAAUUCAUCUCCCCAUUCAUGUGUGCUGCUAACUCAUCUCCCUCUUUACCUGUGUGGCUAAUGCACCUUUGUGGCUAAUUCACCUUUGUGGCUAAUUCACCUUUUUGGCUAAUUCACCUUUGUGGCUAAUUCACCUUUGUGGCUAAUUCUUCUCCCCCCCCCCCCAUUCACGUGUGUGGCUAAUUCUUCUCACUGAUUUCACACCCAUGAUCACCUACGUGGAGGACUACUUCCUCUCCCGCGCAAAGCAGUUAAUGGAAACAAUGGAUACCUUUCUAACCCCCCCCCAACCCCUAACCCCCCACGCCCUAGUUCCUCUUGUGUUUCAUGUCAGCGCUCACCGACUUUGUGACCUUUAACGGGAUGGAUGCGGCCAGCCUCGCCAAUGCCCUGGCGCCCUUCGUCUUCAAGGUCAAUGCGGGAGAUGACCGGACACGGCUGAACAAACUGACCAACGCGCUGAGAGUAAUGAUCCACUACCAUCUUUUACUUUUUUAUGUGAGUCAAGCAGAACAUUCCAGUAUUAGGUCGGAGUAUGAAGAGCGCGUCGGUUUAAAAAAGAAAUGAAUAUAAAUGAACAGUUUGUACGAGUAAAAUAAAAAGCAUAGUUUUUAGUCCAAAUAUAACAUCAAAUGAAGAUUCAAAUGAUUUUGUUACAAUUAAACUAUAUAAUCAGGUAAGCCCUCGAAAUCAUAAAUUAUGUACAUAACUUUAUUCUAAGGCAAUUAUUUUUCUAUGUUGGUUUCGAUGGAUAAAAAAUGCGCAAGGUGUACUGCCGCUAGAGAUCAAACAAAGCUUAAGCCAACAUAGUCAUGUAGUCCGCCUAGAGUUUACACCCAGCCUAGGCCAACAUAGUCAUGUAGUCCGCCUAGAGUUUACACCCAGCCUAAGCCAACAUAGUCAUGUAGUCCGCCUAGAGUUUACACCCAGCUUAAACCAACAUUGUCAUGUAGUCCGCCUAGAGUUUACACCCAGACUAAGCCAACAUAGUCAUGUAGUCCGCCUAGGGUUCACUCCCAGCCUAGGCCAACAUAGUCAAGUAUUCCGCCUAGAGUUUACACCUAGACUAAGCCAACAUAGUCAUGUAGUCCGCCUAGGGUUCACUCUCAGCCUAGGCCAACAUAGUCAUGUAGUCCGCCUAGAGUUUACACCCAGACUAAGCCAACAUAGUCAUGUAGUCCGCCUAGGGUUCACUCCCAGCCUAGGCCAACAUAGUCAUGUAGUCCGCUUAGAGUUUACACCCAGCCUAAGCCAACAUAGUCAUGUAGUCCACCUAUAGCUCACACCCAGUCUAAACCAACAUAGUCAUGCAGUCCACCUAGAUUUCACAACCAGCCUAAGUCAACAUAGUCAUGUAGUGCACCUAGAGCUCACAACCAGUCUAAGCCAACAUAGUCAUGUAGUCCACCUAGAGCUUACACCCAGCCUAAGCCAACAUAGUCAUGUAGUCCACCUAGAUCUUACACCCAGCCUAAGCCAACAUAGUCAUUUUGAUUUGCAAAACGUUCAAUAAACACCAUGCUAAUCUACCCCAGGUGCCACCACAGUUGAUCAAGAAACUCAGGUACCAGUACGAGAAAGGUGAACCCCCCAAGCCGCAGCCAGGUGUAAGUAAUCCUAAAGCUCUUAACAAUUUAUUUUAAGUUCGUUUACAAGAUUACUUCUGCGCAUUUACAAGACAACUUUUUAAUCAUGUUGUAAAACAAAUAAAACACAUUUAAAAAAAUAUAUAUUUAAUUUGUUCUCUCUGGAUAUUAAUUUUUUCUCUUUUAUGACCUUGACCUUUUAGUUAAAGUUGACAUAACAAUUUCAACAAUAAUCUUAAUAAUUUGAUCAUUUCACCCUUAUUUUCAGUUCUUGUUUGGAAAGAAAAAGACCAAAGAGCUUGAACCAGACAAAAAAUUGGUAAAAAAUUAAGUUGUAUCAGUUGCUAACAUGAUUGGUGUAAUACACAAUCAGAUGCGUAGUUUUGAUUGCCUCACUUGCAUUUAAUAUGAUAAGUUUUCAUUGACAAAAAAAAAAAAAAAAGGGGGGGGGGGGGAAGAAAAAGACUUUAAAUAUCACCAGCUUCAGGCGAGUUGCGCCCCUGUGCUUACGUUUCAAGUCAUUUCUGCUAUUUGCCUAAGUCAAGUCUCAUAAGUUAUGUCAAUCUUUAAGUCUGCGUAAGAAUUAUUUUUUGAAGUGUCUUCAAGUUAGGUUGGAAAAACAUAUGUGAUUCACCAUGUUAAAACUAUUUCUGUAUGGAAUCAAAAAUUGCCAUACCCAGUAGACCUAAGUAAUCGAGUAAAGUUCCUGGUAACUUUCUGUGUGACCCAUUUAGGAGAAGAUCAAGGUGACGAGACUCGAAGUACGAGCACCGGAUUUGCCGAUACGUAUAAAGGUUAUGAAAGUUGACGAGGACACAAAGGCGGGAGACCUUAUGAAGGAAUACAUAAGCCUGUCCAGGUAAGAUGUCACAUCUGUUAACAUAAGCCUGUCCAGGUAAGAUGUCACAUCUGUUAACAUAAGCCUGUCCAGGUAAGAUGUCACAUCUGUUAACAUAAGCCUGUCCAGGUAAGAUGUCACAUCUGGUAACAUAAGCCUGUCCAGGUAAGAUGUCACAUCUGGUAACAUAAGCCUGUCCAGGUAAGAUGUCACAUCUGUUAACAUAAGCCUGUCCAGGUAAGAUGUCACAUCUGGUAACAUAAGCCUGUCCAGGUAAGAUGUCACAUCUGUUAACAUAAGCCUGUCCAGGUAAGAUGUCACCUCUGUUAAUAUAAGCUUAUCUACGUAAGAUGUCCCAUCUGUUAAUAUAAGCCAAUCUAAGUAAGAUGUCACAUCUGUUAAUAUAAGCCAAUGUACGUAAGCUGUCACAUCUGUUAAUAUAAGCCAACCUACGUAAGAUGUCACAUCUGUUAAUAUAAGCCAACCUACGUAAGAUGUCACAUCUGUUAAUAUAAGCCAACCUACGUAAGAUGUCACAUCUGUUAAUAUAAGCCAAUCUACGUAAAUAGAAUUUAGAUUAAGUAAUUAUACAUAGGCCAAUCUACGUAAGAUAAACUUUGGUUUAACCUUGGCCUAAGAGAAUCUAUGUAAGAUGGCACAUUGAUUAACAUAUACCUAAAUCAAUUUUCACAAGACAGCAUUUGGAAUAACGUAUGUCUAAGCCUAUCUACGUAAGAUAUUUGAGUAAACUUUACAUAAGCCAAUUUCCUGAAGACAGCGCAUCGGUUGAGGUGUACAUCUUGUCUCGUGAGAUUACAAACUAGUGUGUAUUACUUGCGCAGUAAGUUGACAUUUAUGCAUAAUAUACAGUGCCAGUGAUACUAUUACAUUUGUAUCAUGUGCACCUCUUGUUGAAUGAUGUGCAGUUCUUGUUGAAUGAUGUGCCCUCCUUGCUGCGUCAUAUGCGCUCCUUGUUGAAUCAUGUGCACUCCUUCUUUCAUUGUGUAUACCUUUUUUUGCUUGAUGUACAUCAAUUGUGUGAUUAUAUUAACUUUUUGCCUUCAUAAAAUCUAACUAUUCAUAAAAUCUAACUAUUCAUAAAAUCUAACUAUUCAUAAAAUCUAACUAUUCAUACAAUCUAACUAUUCAUAAAAUCUAACUAUUCAUAAAAUCUAACUAUUCAUAAAAUCUAACUAUUAAUAAAAUCUAACUAUUCAUAAAAUCUAACUAUUCAUAAAAUCUAACUAUUCAUAAAAUCUAACUAUUCAUAAAAUCUAACUAUUCAUAAAAUCUAACUAUUCAUAAAAUCUAACUAUUCAUAAAAUCUAACUAUUCAUAAAAUCUAACUAUUCAUAAAAUCUAACUAUUCAUAAAAUCUAACUAUUCAUAAAAUCUAACUAUUCAUAAAAUCUAACUAUUCAUAAAAUCUAACUAUUCAUAAAAUCUAACUAUUCAUAAAAUCUAACUAUUCAUAAAAUCUAACUAUUCAUAAAAUCUAACUAUUCAUAAAACCUAACUAUUCAUAAAAUCUAACUAUUCAUAAAAUCUAACUAUUCAUAAAAUCUAAAUUUUCAUAAAAUCUAAAUUUUCAUAAAAUCUAAAUUUUCAUAAAAUCUAACUAUUCGUAAAAUCUAACCAACAGCAUUGAAAGGCGUGCUCAGAGUGAAAUGGUCCAAGUUCGUGUUGACAUGGGCAUAGACGCCACGCCCCUGGAAGAGUUUCACUUGUAUGAAAUGAAUGGAAACAUUGGUAAGAACAGCUGAUGAAUUAGUGGGACGGGGGUGGGGGGAUGACCUUGUCUUUGCAUUGGGGAUGAAUACUGCAUACAGUUGUGAGUUGGCUGGCCACUGGGGGUGCAGUUGUCACACUGUACGCUUCACCAAGUGCAGUUAUCACACUGUUGGUACACUUCACUGAGUGAAGUUAUCACACUGUUGGUACACUUCAAUGAGCUCACUUGUCACACUGAAUGUAUGCCUUGAGUUGAAUUGUCACUGCGCUCAGUUGUCAAUGUGACUUGACCUGUGACUGAGGUUAGUGAUACAUAGUGUAUUUGCCAGGGGUACUUAGUCAUUUGCAUAAAUGACAGCUGCCAGGAAAAAAACACUAACAAAUGACUAAAAAUUAGAAAAGAAUUUAUUCCAUCAAAAAAGAAACGAGGGGAAUGGUGGACAUUCAGAAACUAUGUAUAUUCUCAAGACUCCAUAAACAGAAACUAUAAAUGUGCUCACGACUCAAUAAACAGAAACUAUGAAUGUUCUCAUGACUCAAUAAACAGAAACUAUGAAUGUUCUCAUGACUCAAUAAACAGAAACUAUGAAUGUUCUCAUGACUCAAUUAACAGAAACUAUACAGGUUCUCAUGAAUCAAUUAACAGAAACUAUGAAUGUUCUCAUGACUCAAUAAAAAGAAACUAUGCAUUUUCCCAUGACUCAAUAAACAGAAACUAUGAAUGUUCUCAUGACUCAAUAAACAGAAACUAUGCAUUUUAUCAUGACUCAAUAAACAGAAACUAUGAAUGUUCUCAUGACUCAAUAAACAGAAACUAUGAAUGUUCUCAUGACUCAAUAAACAGAAACUAUACAGGUUCUCAUGAAUCAAUAAACAGAAACUAUGAAUGUUCUCAUAAUUCAAUAAACAGAAACUAUGAAUGUUCUCAUGAUUCAAUAAACACUUCAGACCUAUUUUAAACACAUCUAAAACAAAUCGUCCAUCACUUUAAAGUUGUUUAAUCGUGACAUAACCUCGUCUCAAACUAACUUUGUUGACACCGUGUUGUCCACAGGUCACAGACUGAUUAAUCCCGAGACGAAAAUACUGGAUGUUUAUCGCACCAAUCCCAAUGGAGAUUUCGUCAUCUCCAAACGCUCGAAGCUUGUGUAGAAAGAUAAAUGAACUAUGGAAAGGUCAUUAGGUCAUAGAACACAGGUCUUCGGUCAGAGAUCACAGGCGACUGUUGCGCGAA